ACUUGUCAACUUCUUGUCAAACUUGGUCCGUAGUACGAAAGCCAUCUCGCCACGCAUUUUGGCAAAUAUUUCAUACGAAAUGGCAGAAUUAGCGCCGGAGAUCCCUAUAAACAUAGAAGAAACUGUUAUAGAAGCUGUUAAAAAUGCAACAGAAAAGCCACCGACGAGUAUUGAAGGCGUUGCGAUUGCAUAUUUAAGUUUAGUGAUUAUGGCCAUUCUACCGAUAUUUUUCGGGUCUUUCAGGUCCGUAAAAUAUCUGAAAGAGCAAAAGGAGUCAGGCGAGCGUCAUGAGACAAUGUCAAACAAGGAUGCUCUAAUGUUCCCUCUGAUAGCGUCGGCGGCUCUCUUCGGCCUCUACAUAUUCUUCCAGUUCUUCUCCAAGAAGUACAUUAACCUACUCCUUACUGGAUACUUCUUCUUCCUUGGUGUGCUCGCUUUGAGCCAUCUUUUGAGCCCCGUAAUCUCGUUCAUGGUGCCGGCGUCGAUCCCGAACGUGUCGUACCACAUCCACUUCACGCGCGGCGAACGCGACACCAACUCGGACAUCAUCAACUACAAGUUCACUUCGUAUGAUAUCAUUUGCCUGCUCAUCUCGCUCUGCAUGGGGGCCUGGUAUCUGCUUAAAAAGCACUGGAUCGCCAACAACCUGUUCGGCAUCGCCUUCGCGGUGAACGGCGUGGAGCUGCUGCACCUCAACAAUGUGGUGACGGGCUGCAUCCUGCUCUGCGGCCUCUUCAUCUACGACAUCUUCUGGGUAUUCGGUACCAACGUCAUGGUCACAGUCGCCAAGUCCUUCGAGGCACCCAUCAAACUGGUGUUCCCUCAAGACCUGCUCGUGAACGGUCUGGACGCGAGCAACUUCGCCAUGCUGGGGCUUGGCGACAUCGUCGUACCCGGCAUCUUCAUCGCACUGCUGUUGCGUUUCGACAAGAGCCUUAAGCGUAACUCAGAAUUCUACUUCAGAGCCACGUUCUCGGCCUACAUCCUGGGCCUGCUGGCCACGAUCCUGGUCAUGCACGUGUUCAAGCACGCGCAGCCGGCCCUGCUGUACCUGGUCCCGGCCUGCCUGGGCACGCCGCUCACGCUGGCGCUGCUGCGCGGGGACAUCAAUGCGCUCUUCAACUAUGAAGACCAACCGGCGGUGGUAGAAGGAACAGAAGACACGAGCAAGUCAAAAAAAUCCGAAUAGAGUGAGAGCAAGCCACGUCCAGAGCACAAACUGCAUCGGUACCGUUUAAGUACAUUAAUGUUUAUAUCACGCGGCCACGGGACCACGACUCGCGCCGCCCUCCAAGCGAACUCGUUUGACUUCUCUUUGAAGAAACACCUUUAAAUCGUACCAUAUUUCAUAUACUAGUUUUCCUGUCUUGCAAUUGAUAAAAAAACGUCGUAUUGGACGUUGCUGUGUUUCAUUCUUACUUCAAUUCAAUCUCUCAAUAUUAUAUCUACAUACUUCUUAGUAUGUAACAAGUGCGUAUUAAUUUUCUAUCUAUAAACUGUUUUUCGUUAUAUCUUAUUCUCGAUCAAACAAUCCAAGGCCAAAAACAGGACGGUUUAUCGGUAAAACGCGUAUAAAUGUACGUAAAUGUUGCUAUUGUAAAAAAUAGAAGGGUAAUUUAGACUUCCGUCAAAUCUUCCAUUGGUGUUUCCAUCGUUUAAGUGUUGCACUAUGUCAAAAAUGUGGUGACGGUGACGGUAGUAACUGAAGGCAUUAUUUUGUCCUUUGCAGAAACUUACUUCAAAAGGAAAAAUAGAUAAAUGUGAUUGAAAAUAGAUCAGCUAUCUGAGUACUAUAUUGAAAAUGAUGUUUUCUUCUCCAUGACAUUUAUACGGCGAUAGAGAUCCAUUUUGUUUGACGAUUAUGGAACAAACUACGCAUUUGUAGUGACCUAAGCUAGUUUUGUGCUUUGUGUGAUGGUACUGGCCCUAGUUUAGCAAUAUCUUCGUUAUUAUAGAACGCGAACAUUCCAACAGCGAGCCGACGUCACCGUCCCACUGUGUUCUAAACCUUUAGAUGUAA